AUGUCCGCCCCCAUCGCCCUCACCGCCUCCCUCCCCCGCCCUGCCGUAAAGGCAAAAGCGCACAAACUCUACAACCUAAUCCUCCCGAUCUCCCUCUCGACGGGUCUUGUACUUCUCGGGUACAAAAAGCGCGGCUUCGGGAUCGGCAAGUACAACGGUUUCGGCGGGAAAGUUGAGGCUGGGGAGACGCUAGCGGGCUCUGCAGCGCGCGAGCUGCACGAGGAGAGCGGUAUCGUGUGCUCAGAGGAGCAGCUGGCGCAUCAUGCCGUGCUGCUGCUCGAGACUGUGGCGGAGGGUAAGGAGGCGGAGAUGGAGAUGGUGAAGGAGAAGGUGCUCGAGAUUCAUGUUUUCGUGUGUACCCAGUGGGAGGGUGAGGUGGAAGAGACGGACGAGAUGCGCCCGCAGUGGUUCGCGCCGGAGGACCUGCCGCUCGAUGAUAUGUGGGAGGAAACACGCAUCUGGAUGCUCACGGCGCUGGGUAUGUACCUCUCCGUUCCUGCGUCUGCCGCUGCCGCCACCGCGAACUCGUCGUCGUGCGGGGCCGGCCCCGGUGCCUUCAAUCCUCCUCCUCCGACGACGACGAUGACGACGACCCACCCGGAUAGGAAGUGGUUUAUACACUACGUGGACUUCCAUGGCGGAGUGAAUGCGCAGACUGGAGAGUGGGAUCCGUGGCAUGGCAUGGGGAAGAGUGUUUGGAAGUGGUUUGAUACGCCGCUGGUGGACUGGUCGAGGGAGGAGGUGGUGGCUUGGGUGGAGGGGGUUAGGAAUGGCGGGGAAGGGAAGGCGGAGCAGGUGGAAGCCUGA